AUGUCUGCAGCCACGCGCGUAGCUAAUAAACGGUUUGAAACUUGUACUUCCAGUCUUCUUUCUACUGCCUCAAUAUCCUUCCCACCUCGGCAAGUCGUUGCCCAAGAAGACAUUCACGAGUCUUUACAAGACUUGGUUGGUCUGGUGAAUGAGACCUGGACCGAGUCUGUCAGCAAGCUGUCGCAAUUAAAGAGUCCUUCAGAAGGUAGCAAGAUUACACAGCCGAUGUGGGAUUUACUCCACGGUGGUUACCUUGACUUUGAGAUUGUGGAGAAUUACCUACAAUUACUUCGGCCUACAAGCCGCCACGUAGAGAUUCUUCCGGCUCGGAUGCUUCGCGGAGAUCAGAACUCCAUUCAUGAAACAGAUGGAAUUGAUCAUCCUGCCGUCAUUCCCCUCUUUUAUGAGAACCAUUGGGCAUUCGCUGUUGCCUAUUCAGAUUGUUUUCAUUGGUACGAUAGCGCGCCUGGUAAUGACAGAAGCGUACCUCUCGUUGGCGGUGCCCGGCCCGUCAUAGAAGGAUGGCAGAGUCCACGUUACAGUGAUCCCGCUGACGCAGGCGUGUUCAUGCUCAUGGGCAUCAAACUUAUAAUGCAGCGCAAACCUCAUCUCAGCCAAGGCGUUGCCGACGAACUCAUAAAACCUUUCCGUGCUGGCGCGUUUGUAGAGCUCCUUUGCCGCAAGGUCAAUCCAUUGCCUACAGAUCUACUCAGUAUCAAUCUGGAGAAAGUUAUAGAAACUGGAGACCUAACCCUCGCCGCCAACCAAAUAAGCCAGGAAGCUGCUUUAGCUUACGGCCUGGAACAGCGACCCUUGAUGGAAGACGGGUUGUUUGUAACAGAACGUGAAGACCAGGUUAUUUCUCCACCAUGUACUGCACUAAAUCCGACUUUAGAACCCAUUCCCCUCAGCAGAAAUCCAAUGCAGCCGCCCGUAACAUACUCUGAGCCUCCCACAGAACCUAGCAGUGCACAGACACAACCCCCGGCCAAUACGUCACGUAAGAGAAGAUCACCGCCUGCUGUUGUAGAUGGCGGCAUAGGUGGGUAUGGAUGCAAUCCUAGUGAUGACCGCAAAGUCAUCUUAGGCAAUCUUUCACACGGUAUGCACUUCAAGCGGUCAGCAAUAGUAUCUUCAGAUGAUGACCCAUUCGUUCUGUGGGCACUUCUCCGGUAUUCGAAGACAAGUGGAAAUCUUCAUCGUCGCUACCACGCCAUCCUAUUCCACAAGAUGAUGGAAGAUGAUGUCCGACGAGAGAAAAUGGCAUCAUCGACACGGAGCAAAGCCUGCAUGAAAAGGGACCUGUGGAGCUGGAAAUUUUGGAAAAGCAUCAGCGAUAUCGGCGUCAAAUAUGGCCUAGGACCUCUUGUCACGCUCUGUGCGUUCAGGAAUGACUUCAGCGGUUAUCGAUUGUCGGAGGAAGCACAGAAACCUCUGAUAAGAACAUUAGAAACUCGAUUACAGAACAAAUCGGACAUGCUGCGCUCAUGGCUCCAAGAGGCGUCCGAAUUGUGCAAGAUUAUACUCGUUGGACCCACACCAGUAUCUCUUUUCAACAUCGACAAAUAUAACUCUCACACGGAGUCCGAGAUAACAGACUAUCAGUAUGAAUUCUACGUGCGUUCAGAACAACAUCGGGGCCCAAGUAGGUAG